AGCGGGGAAUCUGUUGCGAUGUACUUCAGAGAUUAUCUUGAUUUCUGAUUCCUUCGAAAAUAGACAAUGUACAAUCUUAUGAAGUCUUUAGUUUAUUGUAUACCAUGCAUAUGAUUAUCCUAUGGUUUGGCUCACUUGUUUUGUCUGUUUCACAACCCAGCUUAACUUCUUUGGAUUUGCAGUUUAGUCAUGCAGACAGGAAGCUGCUGCGAUGAUAGUACAGGCAGUCUAGGUGGAGAUAGUGAAACAAAUACUACUGUCGCUAGUAGUCCUGGCUUUGAUCUUCCUGUGUCUAAGGGCUCACCAUUGUUACCAGAACCUCCUGAAGAUAUUAUUUUGUCUCAACGUGCAAUAUACGAUAAUUUAAGCUCAACGUCUGGAAAAGAAAUAAGCAAAAUGGAAAAUCCUAUCAGUUCCAGCUUGUCGAACACUACUACUAACAUCAUGAUUUGUGAAUCUUCAACACCUAAAUCUGUCAAAGCAGCUAAUUUCAUCCCUCCUAAUCCAUUUACUAAUCCACCAUCCUUUGAACCACCGAGUCUGCCUUAUUCUUAUUCUGAAAAUAUUGCAUCUGGUUUACCUGCCUACUCCCCACAGUUCACUCCAACCACUUGUGCACCGUCUACAUUUCCUUCGCCUGGAUCUGCCUUCACAGAACUUCAUCCGAAAAUCGGAUCAUCUGGUAAAACUAGUUGUUUUGUUCAACCUACAGCAAUAACGUCGUCAAUGUCGCCUAAAUCACUGAACAAGGAAAGUAUUCAGUCAAAUUAUCCAACUAGCAGUGCUCGAAAUGAAUUGUCGGAAUGUAUUCCUAAAACUACAGUUGCUGUAAAACAUUUGUGUCGUAUCUGCGGUCAGUCACAUGACCCAACCUCACCUCAUAUAUAUAAUUAUACACAAACUGUGGAUGCUGAUUUGUGCUGUACAUUAUGCUGUCAACCUUUGAUUGAUCCCCUUGAUACUAAGUGUGGUCAUACGUUCUGUUCACCAUGUUUAAAGAAUCAUUUAGCUGUUCAAGCUCUUUGUCCUGUGGAUAGACAAAUUAUCAAUUAUUUAGAAUGUCAACAAGCUUCCAAUAUUGUUAAACGAUUAUUAGAUAAAUUAUUAGUUGCUUGUCCUAAUUCACCUACCUGUGAUAGUAUAGUUUAUCGUUCAAAUCUUGAAGAACAUUUACGUGAUUGGUGUAUCAAGUUACAUCCACCACGUGAACGGAUAAUACAAAGUGGUGGAGUGAAAUCAUCGCGUCCAGUUCAAAAUAAUCCAUCUAAAAAUGUAUUUUUGUCUACUUUCAUUGGAACUGAAUCACACGACUCAAGUAUGUUUCCACCAACAAUAUCUGAGUCAACAAGAUGUACAAGGAUGAUGGAUCCACAGAUCAUACAGCAGCAGCAUCAGCAACAACAACAACAACAGCAGAGAAACAUGAAUUUUCACAGUCCACAUAGUGACUCCAGUUUUGGUAUUGUUUAUCCUAAUCAAUAUAUGAAAGAGUUUCCUCAUAGUAGUUUCGCAUCAGUUACACGAAGAGGAUCAGAUAAGAUAAUGAAAACAAACUAUCAGAACAGUUUACCGCAUAUUGAAGAUCAGUCUGACUCACCAGUUAUAUAUGAAGGUGUUCCUGUUUCAAUUAUAAUUUGUCGUCCACCUAAUUGCCUAGAUUUGGGUUUCACUUUUGUCGGUGGUAUUGAUACACCAUUGGCAUGCAUACUUAUACAAGAAAUCUAUUUGGAUGGUCCAGUCGCUACUGAUGGACGUCUUAGACCUGGUGAUCAGUUGCUUGAGGUAAAUGGAAGUUUAUUGACACAUGUAACACAUGCUGAAGCUCAUCAUCUUUUAACAACUCCAUCAUCUAUAGUACAAUUCACUGUUUUUCGUGAACCAGUUUCCUUGAACGCUCAACAAUCUCAACCACAAUAUCAACAAGAAAUAUUCUAUGUUAAAUUGUGUAAACGUCAGGGGAAAGUGCUUGGAAUUAAACUUGUUGGAAAAAAGCACUUACCAGGACUUUAUGUACUAGAACUUGUAGCCGGUUGUGAAGCAGAUCUUGAUGGAAGAAUGAAAAAAGAUGAUCGUAUACUAGAAAUUAAUGGAAUAGAUUUAGAAAAUGGAACACAAGAACAAGCAGCUCAAAUAAUUAAUUCUGUUUCAGAUUAUGUUAUCUUUAAAAUAAGUCGACGGAAUCGUUCAGAUACACCAGAUAUCUUAAGAACAACAACAGAUUCUGAAGAAAAACUAGAGAAUAGUCUGUUAACAUUAGAAUCACUCCAGUUGAGUUCAACUGAUCAUCCGAAUAAACAGGAUUCAUCAAAUAUUAGUCAGCAUAACUUUGCCUGGUCUAACAGUUUAGAAGAUCGUGACACGAAUGCUUCAAGUACACAUUCAACUACAGAAUUGAUACGUCCUUCAACUGAACAAAAAUUAGCCUGUUAUAAUCCUACAACACCAAAUUCAGCGGUUACAGUAAAUGAUGAUAGUCAUUUGAGUAAAAUGAGCAGCUGUAAAGAGCCACGUAAUCGAUCUAAUUCAUUGGAUUCAGUUAUUGCAUUCAAUUCACGUACUCAUCAGAAUAACACGAAUAGACUGCCGAAACAAUUUAUUUCAACUUCUGCAGAACCACCAUCCUGUCAAGAAAGGACUAUUGUUGUAAAUAAGGGUCCAGAAGAACCUUUAGGCAUAUCAAUUGCUGGAGGGCGUCAAUCACAGCGUGGAGAUACACCUAUAUAUGUAACAAAUAUAAGUUCUGAAUGUGUUCUAGGUCGUUCAAAGUUGAUUCAACGAGGUGAUAUUCUAUUAGAAGUCAAUGGUGUUGGUCUAGUUGGUCUUACGCAUCAUGAAGCUGUUGAAGUUCUCCGACAAAUAAGUCUAAUGCAAACACGAAUACAGUUGCGUGUCAUUACAGCUCCGGAAACAAGUGAUGGUCCAGAAAACUUUAUGCCUUCUUGGACAUAUUGGCUUCGAUUACCACCAAUUUGUCAACUGGCACGAGUAAUUCUUCUUCGUCGAGAAAGUAGUAGUACGCCGAGUUUUAGUGGUUGUUCUUUUUCACAACCACUCGGUUUCAGUAUUGUUGGUGGUUUAGGUCAUGAUCAAGGGAUAUCAGGCCAAUCUAAUUCGAACACUUCUGAUGGGAAAAUUAUUAAAUCAUCUCCAAAAGUCACCGCCAAAGUUGGUUACUCUAACCUUUAUCCUUGUCCAAUUGUGAUAAAAUCUAUAGUUCCUGGACUCCUUGCCCAUAAAGACGGUCGACUAAAGUGUGGUGAUCUUAUCUUAGCUGUGAAUAACAUAUCAAUGCUGAAUAUUCCUCAUUCAUCUGCAGUUCGUUUGUUAAAAAAGGCAACUGGUGAUGUUGUUCUACAAGUGAUUUCUUGGCCUGGUACAAUUGUUUGAUAUAUAUUAUAUUAUAUUAUAUACACGUAUGACUAGAAGAGAAUUUCAGUAUAAACAAUAAUUACUUUCAGUGAUAAUAAAUUGUAAAUUUUAAAUCAUGAAAAUUCUAUUCACAGUGUUCAAUAAUCUAGUAGAUUAUAUAUAAUCUAUUACUAUGACUACUAAUAAACAAUGUUAUAAGGCACACAUAAGGCCUUUCUCAUACUUACUGCAUUUUUUAAAAUCUAACUCAGUAUUAUAUUCACGUGUUGAUUACCAACAUGUUCACCCCUUUCUCUUUUCCUCCCCCCCCAUAAGUUUUCUUGAAAUUGUAUGUUUGCCAGUGUGCGUUUGUCUGUGUGUGGUUUUCCUAUUUGCAGAGAUAAUGUGUGCAGUGAAUGAAUAAUGCCUAACUAACACCGGUGAUAUUUAUAUAUACUUGCUUAUUCAUUUGUCCAUAGUCACUCCUCCUAGUCGCAUUUUUUUCCGUCACGAAACUUUAUCCAGUUUUCCUCGGAACUGGUCAUGUCUGCGCAUAUCUGACCAUCUAAAAUGCCUGUUUCACUUCUUUUCUUCUUCUGCUUCCUUUGAUAUUCUCUUCUAUGAUUUUUGAUUUCUUCAAGAAACGUUGUCUUCCAUAAGCCAUAGUCUGUGCAUAUCUUCUUUGCUUAUGUUCCUCUGCGUGUGUGCAUGAGGGUGAGGGCGUUUAUCAUCACUUUAGUGCUACAUUAUUUUAUUUUCCUUUUAUCGGUUUUUUUAUUAUUCUAAAUUAAGAUUUAUCUAUAUUUGACUAAAGAGGCCUAUGUCUCGACAUAACUGAAAAUUCUCUGUAUUUAUUGACGCAGACACACAACAGUUGAAAGGAAUCAUCAAUGACAUACUUCAGAUGACCACGCUAAUAAUAAUAAUAAUAACAAUAAUGAUAAUAAUAAAUAUAUCCUCAUUUUUCAGCCUGUCAUAAUGAUCCCAUAGUGGAGAGAAGAAAAACAGCAUAAUGAGUAAGAAGAGACCAUUUAGUCGCGUUUUGUGUUGUUGUAUACUUUGCCUGCACGUUAGCUUGCUUUAUUAUUAUUAUUAUUAUUUUUAUUUCACUACUAAAAGUACUAUUGACUCAUUCUUAUUGUUCUUACCAUCACUAUUAUUAUUACUAUUCCUACAGCUACUACUACUAAUAUCGAUAUAAGUACUCGGAA